UUUCCAGCUGUUUUGUACGAGUCAGCUGAUUGUAUCUGGUUAUAAUUUUUGCUGAAUCUCAGCCGUCCACUCAGUUCUUUCUGUUAGCUUUGGUUGGUUUCUUUCCCCCUUUUGGUUCUUUUUGUAUUUUCCUGUCAUUUUCUUACUUUCCCGCUCUUUUUGUAACUAUCUGGUGUUGUUUAUGGAUCCUUGUACUUUGGGUUGCAUCAUGAUUUGUGUAAACAAGUCCUCACAACAGGGUUGAGUCACCAUUACCAACGUGUUCUCGACCUUUGGACUUCAAUCUUUGAUCGGCCUCUCCACAGAGAACAGAACCACCUACCUUUACCCCUUCUGAUCUUCUACACAGAUCGAAAAUCAUCCUUAACAACAUGUGGUCGGGAGUUUUCUUGCUGCUGUGCUCUUUUGUGCUGGGUGAAGCUGGUCUCCCAGGUUACCAGGCAGGCCACGCCUACCAUUACAACUACCAGACUCGACUCCGGCUGAAUGAGCCGGACACAGACAAGCCUGAUGUGGGCUUCCAGUUAUCAGCUGGGGUGGACGUUACUGUGGUGUGGGGGAGUGGAGACGACCAGCUGGUCAGAGUACAGCUGAAGGAUGCACAGCUAUCCCACAUUGGGGAGAGAAAGGCUGCUGUGUUCCAAAAAGUUUCCACCACCAACCUACAGGCCCAUCCUGUCAUGUUCCACUGGAGGGCUGGCCAGGUUGAGGCUGUGUAUGGAGCAGAAAAGGACACCACUCAAGCUGUUAACCUGAAGAAGGGUGUGGUCAGCCUGUUUCAGGUGCAGGCAGCUGCAGGGGAGAGGCAAGAGAUGGACGUAUCAGGACAAUGCAUGGCCCUGUAUGAUGUCAGCAAGUCUAAAGUCAUGAAGACCAGGGACUGCCUACUGACAACAGGCUUUACCAACAAUAACAAGGUUGUUGGAGUUGAUGUGAAGUCAGCAUCAAGUGUUGUGUAUGAGCUGUCAGGUGACCAGCCCAUCAUCCAAUCAGCUAUUGCUGAAGAGAAUCAUGUGACCCGGGUCAAUCUCAGAGAUGAACUCGGGACCAUCAUCUUUUCUGGUCAAGAGCUGAAGUUAGAGAAGCAAGGGACAGGGGGCGCUGCUGUACAGGGUGCCAGUGUGGAGGAAGCUGUGACAGCAGCAGCAGGUGGAGAAAAGUUUUUGAAGGUUUCCCUCGCAACUGAGGAAAUUAUCCAGGAGUGUACAGAGGACUGUGAGUCGCCAGCUGAGAUUGUUACCCGUUACCGUGACGACCUGAGCACGGAAGCACUGGCCCACCUGAGCUCAUCCAACGCUUUCCUGGAGGUCUUAAAAAGACUGAGGCAUGCUGGGAAGGAAACCAUCCUCAACAUCCUCACAGAUGAAGCAAAUGGAGACAUUGUGCCCCAGCUGAUUGACAUUGCCACAGCUGCCCAGACAGACUCCGCCAUGGAGGCCCUGCUGGAGUUCCUGGACUUCAGUGUGGAGGAGGACACUGACCUGCCGGACAGAUUCCUCUUCAUCCUGGGAUUUGCUACCCACCCGACUGACAAAACACUGUCAAUGCUACUGGAGAAAUUAUCUGGGGAGAUCGGUAGUGAGAAGAUUUAUGAAGCGAUGGCUCUGACCCUGGGAGCUCUGGUGUAUACCUACUGCCUGGACCCACAGCAAUGUGAACAACCGAUUGUAGGCGAGGUGAAGACAGCUUUCUUGGAGGGAUUGGAAUCUGCUGAAUUUGAGGACGGUCAGCUGAUGUUUCUCCGUGCUCUCGGCAAUGCCCGCCUUCCCGACACCAUUACGGUCCUCCUAACGCACGCGGAGGGGGCACAGUCAAACGCUGUGUCUAUGGCGGCACUGAAGGCACUCGGCAGGUUUGAUUCAACACUGCUGGACAGUAAUGGGGUGAGGAGGUCCUUGAGUCGGAUCUUCCACCAGAACAAGAAGACAUACGAGAACACUGUCCGCACGGCAGCAGCCAGCCUCCUCCUGAUGGUCAACCCCUCACCGUGGGACGUCCGGAACAUCCUGCUGUCACUGUCCACCCAGGAACCCAAGGAGGUGUCCACUUUUAUCUGGGCCAGAAUAAAGGACCUACUGGACACCAACCACCCAUCCAGUGUUGUGAUCCAAGAGGUGCUGAAGGACGUCACGGCAGCCAAUUACUACACGCUGGCACAAAAUGGUCUGUCUGCUGCAUACUCCAACAUCAUGGCAGACACGCUGAAUGCUGUCGCCACCUACGGACUGUUUAUUGAGUUUGCCAAGUCGGCCUUGAUGCGGCGUUCCAACAUGGACGUGUUCCUGCAUGGCCAGGACAAUUCUAUACAGAUCCUACAGGUUGCUCUUGAAGCUGAAGGUCUGGAGGCUAUGAUGGGGGAGGAGGCAGAAGAUGAGGAGGCGUCGGCCAGCGGAGGGAUGGGCCUCAUUCUCAUGGACGUCCAGGUCCGGCCCUUCAAGCUGUUUGCCGGGCAGGCUGAGCUGAUGGCCGCGGCCUGGUCCUACUCCGGUGUGCGCAUGUCUGCUGUGACUGGGAUUGUUCUCAUGCAGGAUCACUUUCAGAUCCACCACCUCCAGUCCGGUGUUGUGGUAGAGUCUACCUUCCAGGGAGGCGUCUCUGUGGAGCUGGGGGGCAGUGUAGACAUCAGUCUGUGGAACAGAGCCUCCGUCACACUCGUCUCCAACAAUGGUGCUCUGGUUGUGAAGGGGUCAGCCACGGUGGACUCCCCCCUGGUGAAGGUUGGAGUGGACCUGUCCGCUGAGGCUGAGGCCACCAUCGACUUCACCACGUCAGUGGACUUCUCAGACAUGCCGUUUACCAUGUGUCUACAGAUGGAGCAAAAAGCCUUCCAAUACAAGAGAAAUAUAUCUUUAUACGAAAAAGUGCCUGGUAAAGAUGCCAAGUUCCGGUUAAAACGAGAGCGGACAAGAAGCAUCCCAGAGAAAUCGUUCCCGCUUUUCACAGGGCAGAACAAUGCUCAAUGUCGAGCCAUGUUUUCUGAAGACUAGAUAGGAUGGAUACUUCUCAUGUGCUAACUAGUGCAGCUACAGUUGUCGUUUGGAACUUCUCUGUAAGAUUAUAAAAAAUUCAUCUGUCUCUGAUAUGUACACCCAAAAUGUAUUUGGAUUUUUAGAUACAUCUAAAAGGUAUUAAAUAAAGACUAGCAUUGGACUUUUUUGUCAUUGAAGAUUAGACAUCCAGGUAAUAAGAUAUGCCAAAUAGCAGUUACUCAAGCAACUGGAUAUGAUUUUAAAACCGUUUCCAAAAUCAUAUCCAGUUGCAUGCUUGAUUAACUACUUUUUGGCACAUCUGACAUUUUGUUGGGCUGUUUAUUGGUCAGUAGAAUUUGGGCAACUAUUGAUUAUAGCCAAUAUCUUGAUUACUGUCCUUGCAAUGUCCAGUGUUAGUUGUUUUAAGUUCUAGCUUCUUUCCAUAUUAUAAGAUGGUGCAGUAGAUAGAACAUGAUGUAGAUAUUAGUAAUAUCAUACUUUUAGUAGGACAAACUGUGCGUUAGAGACUAUGCAUAUUUUGUGAGGGAGGGGAUGCUCUCGUGCUGCAUAAUGAAUACUCAGAUGCUUAAAU